CUUGCAGACCAGUUCCGUGUUGUAGUUCUGUUACCUUCAGAACCAACUGCAAAUUGCAUGCUUUGGGUCUUAUUGAUUGGUGGUUUAGCUUGAUACACUAAUACUGGAAAUCAUCUGCUUGUAGUUGUGAAAGCUGCCGUGAAAGUGUGAGAUCUUAGAGUUCUCUGAAGGGUUUCUUAUUUGUGGGAUUAUUGUGGAUAACGUGGGUUUUACGUUAUCCCAAGUUGAAACCUGUACAAAUGGCUUUCCUGCAGCAACAAGGACAGGCGACUGCUGCUAUUUGUCUCGUGGGAGCCUUUGGAGUGCAAUUGCUGUAUAGCCGAGCGCUAUUUCAUCUCGUAGCUAUUGAUGACCCACUGCUGUUAGCAGAUGGAACGGGCAGGUGGAUUCCAACAUAUGCAGUUUAAAAACAUGACUUGAAAUUCAUCAGAGUUCUUGUUUCGUCUGUGGAUGUUGCUACUGUGAUUAGGAUGAGCAGAGGCAUUAGAUCCUGUGUAUAUGAAGCGGCAGAAACGCUUGCUUCUGAAGCAAUCUCUCACAGAUCCAGCUUCAUUCAUUCUCUGGGGUUCUGUGAAGCAUUGCUUUCUUUUUCUGCUUUCCUCUUACAGUCCUCCAAAUUGUCAUGGAGGAAGAAGAUUUGAGAAUUAAGGAGAAUCAAAACUGAUGUUUUUAUUUUCUUCAGAGGAUCAAGUACUCAGUAAUUCUUUUGUGAUCGUUUUGAUCUGAAGAUAUUAAAAAAAAAAAGCGGAGUAGAAGCAGUGAGCAAUAUUGAAUGACAUUCUUGGGAACAAACAUGAAGUGGGAAUGCUGAAAACAAGCUGGUUUUGUGUUUGAAUCAUCUUCUUUGUAGGUGCAUUGCAACUAUCUACUGAUUUGUUUUUUCACAAAUGUUUCAGCCGAGUCUCUUGUUUGAUAAGAUGUUAACUGGUCAACAAAAAAGAGAACUAUCACCAAUUUUAUCAUUUCCAUAUGUGUUCUUGUAAUGAGAGAGGGAAAAAAAAAAGUCCCAUCCUUUCAGUUGACAGUCGUAAGGAAGGAUGCGGGGGGAAAUGCAUCUGAGUGUCGGCGUUCUGAUGUUCAUCUUCUCUCUGCUUUUGCUGCAGGUUCUGUCAUCCGUGAUGGCGUCAGCGCUACCCAGAACCCUUGGGGAACUGCAGCUGUAUCGAAUACUGCAAAAAGCAAAUCUCUUGUUCUACUUCGAUGCCUUCAUUCAGCAGGGUGGUGAUGACGUCCAGCAGCUCUGUGAAGCAGGCGAAGAGGAGUUUUUGGAGAUAAUGGCUCUGGUAGGCAUGGCGAGCAAGCCGCUUCACGUGCGACGGUUGCAGAAGGCCCUGAGGGACUGGGUGACAAACCCUGGUCUUUUUAACCAGCCUCUCACUUCCUUACCAGUCAGCAGCAUUCCGAUCUAUAAACUGCCAGAGGGGUCUCCUGCGUGGCUGGGGAUAUCCUGCAGUAGUUACGAACGGAACAGCGCUACCAGAGAGCCUCACUUGAAGAUUCCAAAAUGCGCUGCCACAACUUGCGUGCAGAGCGUGGGUGCGAGCAAAUCUGAUGUGGUGGGGAGCUUAUCACUACAGAGCAGCAGCGAGCCGAGGCUCUGGCAAGGACACCACACGACAGAGAGCGAGCAUAGCCUUUCCCCGGCUGACCUCGGCUCUCCUGCUUCACCAAAGGAGAACAGCGAGACGCUGGACGCUGCUGCUGCUCUGUCAGUUGCUGAAUGCGUGGAACGUAUGGUUCCCUCCUUGCCCAAAAGUGACUUGAAUGAAGUCAAGGAGUUACUGAAAACAAAUAAGAAACUGGCAAAGAUGAUUGGUCACAUCUUUGAGAUGAGCGAUGAGGACCCUCACAAAGAGGAGGAAAUCAGGAAGUACAGUGCAAUAUAUGGCAGAUUUGAUUCAAAAAGAAAGGAUGGCAAGCAUCUUACUCUCCACGAGCUAACAGUUAACGAAGCAGCUGCUCAGCUGUGUGUGAAAGAUAACGCGCUGCUGACCAGGAGAGAUGAACUCUUCGCACUAGCUCGGCAAAUCUCUCGAGAAGUUACGUACAAGUAUACUUACAGGACCACCAAAUCUAAAUGUGGAGAAAGGGAUGAACUGUCACCAAAGAGAAUCAAGAUAGAGGAUGGUUACCCUGACUUCCAGGACGCAGUCCAAACGCUUUAUCAGCCAGACAAAAUGCCACUUGCUUUGGCUAAGGGAAAGAGUGAGGAUUCGGCAGCUCUUAAUUCCCAGUCUGAAAAGGUGAUGGCAAAACAGAUGGAGUUUCUCUGCAACCAGGCCGGAUUAGAGAGACGUCUUUCCACAGGGUGUUACAGGCAGAACUCAGAAGAGCACAGCCCCAAUGGCAUGUCAUUAGAUAAUGUUGAUGGACAAGGUGAAAGACCGCUGAAUCUCCGGAUGUCGAAUCUUCCCAGUAGACAGUUGCAGCACAUUUCACUUGAUGGAGAGCAGCACGUUGGAAAACCUCUGUGCAGUGAAUUGAUCCGGCUUUACCCUGGUGGUGAGGCAAAGUCCCAGUCCUCAGAAGGCCUUGGUAUCCUAAAGGAUUUUCCUCACUCAGCUUUUAAUAACAUAGAAAGGAAGGUCAUCAAAACAGAACCUGAGGACACAAGAUAGUCAUCCUGUUCUGGAAACCAGUGUCAUAAUAAGGAAUGAAACUUCACGAGAGAAGAAAAAACAGCCUUAAUAACCAGUGUUGCCUCAUUCAAAUAAGAGAUUUCAAUAGCCAAAGCAUAAGAACUGGUCCAGUAAUCUGUGGAAACAGAAAAGCAAAAGACACUGCAAACUAAACAGUAAUACAGGUGGAUAAACAUUCCUGUUAAAGUGGUUUUAUAACGUGGAAAGAUUCACAAAUUAAUAUUGUGGGUCUACAUUAUUUAAGAAUGUAUUAUGUAUUUGUAUAACUUAUCAAAGUAAAUCUAGAUGUUGGGACGUGUAUAGAGUCUAGUAGAUGUGGCUACAGUUCAUUUUACUUGAAAUUUCAGUGUCUACUUUAAGUGUACCUAGCAUAGACCUGAUUGUUAAACAUUAGAAUUACAGAUCCUUGGAGAAGUAGGAAUGUGAACAUCGUGACACAGUAAGCAGCAAGUUUGCAACACUGUUUGUAGGAAAAAAGGGAGAUGGAAAAAAUAUCUUCUGGUUUAAAACGUUAUGUGGGUAUAGCAUCUGGUAGACCUAGAGCCCAGUUCUGUAUCAUAGCAGAUGUUCUUGACACUUACUAUUGUUACAUCACUUUUACUGGUUUCAGCAGCCUUUGUAUAAUGCAUUUACAGUAGACUACCUAUCUACAGGUCAGGAGUGUAGAAAAUGCCAAUUGAAAUAUGGAAGAGUCCAUAUUAGUGGUUCCCAAUUUGAUGUGAAAAUGUAACCGUUGGAUAUACCUUCAGUUUAUCAAUCAAUUUCAGUACAGUUACUGAAGUUGCACCUGAUAUCCAGAAACCAUAAGAUUUUUUGGAGGAGGAGAAAGAUGAGGGAUUACAUCUUCAGAAUGUGACUCCUUAUCAAGUGCUGUCCAGCCCACGUGAUUCUAUGAAUAUACCGUAUACUGCAUACAGUAUGCCAAUACGUUUUCUUUAUGUAUGUGUUUGAUUAACAUCCGUAUUCUUUAUUUAUUUGACAGUUUUUAUUUUUUGUACAUUUUCACUUUUGCAGAUGUCAUUUUAUCUAAGGAAAAAUAAUGGGCUUAAAGCGUUGGAAUUUCCCAUGCUGCGUUUGUGUGCAUCCAUCUUUCCCCUGUGCACCUCCCGCGUUAAGGAUUGCUUUCCUGCAGUCAGAAUAGUUACAUGCCUUAGUUUCUGAAUGCAGUUUUUUCCUACAGCGUUUUCUGGAGGAGUGAAGGAAGGUUAAAGGACAUAAGUUACCGUGCAGUGGGUAGAUUUCCAUGUUCAGGUGUGUAUUUCAUGUCUGCAGUUUGCUCUGUGUCGUAGCUGUGUAUUAAUUCAGUCACAGUCCAUCGUACCCAAGUGCUCAGCGAAAUGUGAGCUGAAAUGUCUACACUGCAGUCUCUUAUCACUGUAAACAUACCUAAUUAUUUUAUCACUUUUGAUUUGUGGAACAAAGCUUUAUAGUAGAAACACCGGUAAACAACUUUUUAUACUAUUAAAAUGUUUGGUUUUUUUUUUUAAUUGUUUCUUGAACUGUUUGGUACUGUUUCACUUCCUGAAGUAUCUUACUUCAAGUGAUGGAGUUUGCAGCUUUGCUGUUAGAAAUAAGAGAUUGAAUGUGUAGUUAUAUUUCCUCUUUCCUGUUGUGUGAGCUAGUAGUAUGGAUAAUUCUUUGGCUUGUAAUGUUAGCCAGUGCACUGGUUAGUAGCUGAGUAGUUUUCAUAAGAAUAUAUGGAACUUGCUAAAGGACAGCUUAAGGUUUGAACUAUACAGCUUGAGUAAUAGAGCAGCAAGCCUCGAGACAUUCAGGAAAUGCUCUUUUUUCAACAUCUCAACUGUUGUUGUGCGUGGAUCACAGAAGAAGCUCUUAAGCUUGCUGGUCUUUUCAGUUGGAGUGAGAGGAAGGAGAAAGAACUUGCUAAGCAGCACGCUUUUUCAGUUGAGUCCAGAACUUAUUUUGUAAACACUAAUGUAUUAAAUUUGCUAUAAAUUAAAGUACAUAACAGUUAUAUUUUUGAGUUGUAAAUACAGUACUCUGUGUCACAACCCCUUGGUUAUCUCUAGAACGAUAUUUCAGUUUAGAAGUCCAACAGGCCAUUUCAGUCUCAGCAAGCUGGAAGCAAUUUUUUUACUGGUUUGCAGCUCUACCCUUUUUGUUUUUGUUUUUUAAACCCUGAGAGUGGAUGUGGGGAGGGUGGGGGGUUUAAUACAUUCCAUGAUUGCACAUAAGUAUGGUAAUAGCAGAUAUUCAAGCAUUGGCCUUUCCAUGACAAAGGUCUUGGUGGACUGCAACUUGGCUAUUCAAUGGAGUCAGGGGGAAGGUUCACCCGCAUCUGCUUUGGGCAGGUUGCUGGAUUCACGGUACUCUGGAUCAGAGGCCAGCCCUGCAAAUGAUGCCUGUUCUUAUUCACAUGUUUAUAUUGUUGCUACAAAAUAAAAUUCACCGUGAGAACUC